UUCGAGUUCCGUCCAGGGUUCAUUUAUCUGUUUCGACCUCUCUCUGCGGCUGUGGUUGGAUCGUAUCACGAUUAGGGUUUUUCUGAGUUCAAAUUCGAUCAUGGAAGAGAUAACAGAUGGAGUAAGCAACAUAAACAUGUCCUCCGAUUCUUACAAGAAAAACCGAAUUCAAGUUUCCAACACCAAGAAGCCUCUAUUCUUCUACGUCAAUCUUGCCAAGAGGUAUAUGCAGCAGCAUAACGAGGUGGAACUUUCAGCGCUUGGAAUGGCAAUUGCAACCGUUGUAACAGUGGCAGAAAUCCUGAAGAACAAUGGAUUCGCUGUAGAAAAGAAAAUAAUGACAUCAACUGUAGAGAUGAAGGGGGAAUCCAGGGGAAGACCUGUCCAAAAGGCCAAGAUUGAAAUAGUUUUGGGGAAGACAGAAAACUUUGAUGAGUUAAUGGCUGCUGCACAAGAGGAGAGGGAAUUGGGAUAUGCAGAAGAGCAGAACUGAAAGAGAGAAUAAUAGAAUGUAUGUGUGAUUGCUAUAUGGAGUUAUUUUCAGUUUUUUGUGGUAUUAAGAUUGUUUUUUCAGUUUGGUCUUCUAACUAAAUUUGCAUUAUUGUUUUUGUCA